AUGGCUGCCCACCAGCCGUCCGGAGGAUCCAGCCCGGGGCAAGGAUGGUCGACAGCCCGGCCUACCCGAACCUCGCGGCGGAUCUCCGGGCGGGACGUUCCCGAGCCGGUCAUCAGCUCCGACAGCGACGUCGAGUUGGUGGAAGACCCGCGGGUGGAGCAACGGCGAUGGCGGCUUCGCAGAGCCGUCAACCGUGCCGACGGCCGCAUCCCGACUGGCGCGGCGGAGGUCGAAUGGACCAGCGAGGAGCCGCCCCAGGACCAGCAGGCUCCUGCGGAGUCCGUGGCAGCGGCUACCUUGGAAUAUCGCCGGAAAGGCGAGAUAAACGCCCGAGCCUUGCAUCCCGCCACCAGAAGUGGCAGAAGACUGGGCGCCCUGACUCCCGCGGUGGCUGCCCAAAGUCCCACCCACACCGCGGUACGAGGGAUCACCGCAGAGGACGCCAGCACGACCACCCACGCCGAGCCACCACCGCAGCAGCAGCCCGAACAACGACGGCAGCAACAACUCGAGCAGCAGCCACAACGCGAGCAAAGCCAGCAGCAACAACCCGAUCCGCCACAGCAACAGCAAGGGGACCCGAUGGGACACCACAUCCGGACGGACAUCACGGCGGCCCACGUGAGCCACAGUACUCGGCCGUUCGUGGCCGAAGGGUUAAGGAGGCGGCAGCAGACGGUCGUCUGGACCUGGCCGGAGGGACCCGCGGAGGAGACGGCGACGACGGAGGAGCCCCGAAUCUGGGAGGAGAGUGGUCCCCGGGUCCCCACCGACACCGAGCACCGGACCAGUGUUGCCAACAUUUGCUGA